AUGAACAAAGAAAAAACCAGUGAUGAUGAUGGCGGAAGGAUACUGCGGUGGUGUAAGAAGUAUUUGUUGGAAGGCCAACAACUCGACGAGAAACAUGCUGAGAAGGUCAAUAAUUUCCCUGCAAAUCCCACAAUUGCUGACUAUUUUUUCAUCAAGUACCGGAAGUUUGUUGCGGUUCUGAUACCUUUCUGUUUUGUGCAUACCCUCUGGUGGUGCACCGCGUUCCGCUACAACUUCUUCCCCCUCUACCAAUCCUACUGGCAUAUGCCGGUCACCAUGAUAUUUGGAGCCCUGGUAGCCGGGAUGACAGCAGAAGGCGCCGGUGCAGUAGCAUUCCCUGUAAUGACCCUAGUCCUCCACCUGGAUCCCACAAUAGCCAGGGAUUUCUCACUAAUGGGGCAGUCGAUAGGCAUGAUGUCUUCCCUGGUGUGCGUUGUUUUUAUGAAAGUGAAGUUUGAGUCGAUGGCAGUGAUAUUUGGGAUCCUAGGAGCGAUUCCAGGCUUCAUUUUUGGUGUUCAUUAUUUCGACCCCCUGUUCACUGGCGCUCAAAAAAAGAUGAUGUUUGUCUCGAUCUGGACGGCGUUCGCAUUUGCCUUAGGCCUUUUAAACGCUCAAAAAAAGCGACCGACUUUCGUAAAAAUCCCCGGUUUCUCCGUCUGGAAGGCGGCUGUUCUCUUUCUCACAGGAAUUGUCGGGGGCGUCUUUGACGCGUUCGCCGGGAGCGGAAUAGACAUUUGUAUGUUCUCGAUAGUGACGUUGUUGUUUAGGGUUAGUGAGAAGACCGCCACACCGACGACGAUGAUUUUGAAAGGAGUCGUAUCGGUUUUUGGGUUUUGGUAUCGUGGCGUCAUGAUGGGCGAUAUUUCGGAGACGGCAUGGAAAUACUUCGCGGUGACUAUCCCGGUGGUAGCGACAAUGGCACCAAUUGGCUCAUUCCUCGGCUCGCAUCUCCAUCGACAAGUCAUCGCCGGCCUCAUUUACGUGUUGGAAUUGGCCUCCCUGAUUGGUUUUCUGCUCACUAAUCCCUCGUGGCCACUCAUUUCGAUUGCAGUGGCAAUCAUCCUGUUGGGUUUCGCGUUUUUCACACUCAUCGCCAAGUCCGGAGAGGGGUUGAUGAGGGGAUUGGAGGAGCGAGAGAGUGUGGAGAAACGAGAGAGUUUCGAGAUGAAGGCUUGA